AUGCUUGAAAAACAAUAUGAUACGAUAUUGUCUUCGAAAGAUCCGGCUUUGGCUCCUCCGAAACCACAAUCUGUUUUUAUGCUCUUCUUCUCCCUGAACUUGGCCUUAGGUUUCGUUUUAAUCCCGAUUAUUCUUGGUAUACGAAGAUUAGUAAUAGCGAACAGUUUAAUAACACCACAGAAGCUUCCUGAGAGCCCACUGAACAUCACUAUCCCAUUUAUGGCCUAUUACGAGCAUAUUUUACUUGAAUCAAGAUUAUGUAACAAUAUGAUGGAUAAAUGUCCUCAUGAACAUGAUGUUCGUUGCGUACACCACUUCUUCCAACGUGCAGAACCUCAAGAUAUGGUUCCUAUCGUUGGAGAAAUUUCGGAUGAUUCUUGGAGCAGAAUUUUGAUGCUUCUUAUGUCACAUGCUGCUGCAUUUGCCUUUUUUGUGUUCAUGACGAAGCUCAAGAAGCUAAUGAGGACGUUUUGGGAAUCAUCUCAUUUAUUAUUCGCAAUUCCUGUUCAUAUUGGUCGUUCAAACUACAUAUUCACCAAGCUUAUUACAGGUGAUAAGAUAGAUUCGAGCGACUUCACAGAAUAUGUUCGAGAAUUGUGGAAUGAUACGGCUUCCUACGAUUUAUUCGGAGUAUUGAGGUUCAACCAAUCAGGAGAGAUCACAGAGAACGUUGGCUGCGCUGUCAAAAUACUCGGAAAACUUCCAAAGAACGUUGAUGAGCUCAGAGAAGCAUUAAUCAGCUGUGGUGUCUCGCCAUCAGCACUAGAACACUUCUUUGAGAACAGAACCCCUACAAGUGUCAUCUAUGGCCGAGGUACUUCACCUUUCAUGGCAUAUUUCUCAACACCCACUGAAUUUUUCAUGAAAGACGAGUCAUCGGAUGUCAUAUCAUCAAGAACAGACAUCAUUAACUCACUCUGCGAGAAUUCUAAGAUAGAAAGACCUCCAUUAGUUGAAAAUGCUUUGUUAUUAUUCUUCAAAGGAGUCACAAAAGCAGAUUACGAUGGAAUUCUUGCCGAAUACAAAAAGUCUCUCGAUUUCUUGAUCCUUGCUGAAGGAAGAUUUUCAUCAUUAGUCUUCACAUGCUCAGUUUCAUCUCCAUCCAUUGCUUCUAAGGUAUUUGAGUUCGCUAAGAAGUGUAAUUUCCAAUAUCACUCUGGAAGAUACGCUCUUACUUACGGUGGCCAAAUUAAUAUUUUGCAACCGAACAGAUGA